GCUCGCGGCGAACCUGUCUCGAGGGCCUACGCGCGCCUCCGCUCAUCACGAAACUCCGAACUUACAAUUACAAACACCAAUUUUACCACUGUGCAAAAAAAAAUUACGUGAUUCUCACUCAAAAAAGUGUGGUUCCCGAAAAGUUUUAGUGCUUUCAGUGUCAGCUGUGCGUGUUGUCUCUCUCUAUUCCGCGGAAAGGGAAAGGAAGGGAUUACGCAGGGCGCGUUGUUUUGUUUUCGUAAUACUCGACAAAAUAGAGCGGAUUCACUAAAAAAAUCGCUUCAAUAUCUUGUACAUACAAGAAUAUUAUAAGUAAAGAGCAAACAAUACCACCACCCACGAAGAUAGAUAACGCAGAUCCCGCAGGAGUUAAUCUGGCGCAUGGAGACAGGAAGCAUGUCGAUAGUGCGGCCCUAGAGUACUCCCCUGAGGGACUCCUCGCUCUAACAUGCCCAGCUGACAGUAUACGCUCCGAGACAAUGCCGGCGGCACCAAAACAAACAAAUGCAACACCAAAUAUAAAACCCUGUAAAGAAACAUCGACUGAGAAUAACAUAUUAACUUUUUACGUCGUAGCUAUUAAAGAUAGAAAUAUGGCCAACGGUAACCAUUCCAAUGAUAAUUUAGACGAAAUUCACGAAACGACUGAUUUAGAUAGAUGUAGGAUAAACGAAUGUUCCGAAACUCGAUGCCUUCCACGAUGCGUGUUGCAUAAGAAAGGAGUCGUAUACGGAAAAGAAUCGAUUAUGAAAAAGCUGGUGGCUGACGUAUAUGGUGGUGCAAGGAAGGCCGGUGAUUUGAAUUUUAAAUGUGCGCGGGAGUGGCUGGGAGCCUUCGGGAGGACAAUGGACGUGUGCGCGCGAGUGGCCCUCGUUGGGAUGUUGUUGACGCUGGUAGCGACGAGCGACGCGGCGCCGGUGCGGUCGCGACCGACGAGAACUACACAACACCAUGAAGGAUCAGUGAGAAGUUACCUAGAGUCAUUUGGUUACCUGAAGAAAGGCCAGCUAGAGAUAGGCAACCUGCUCAUGGGCGACAAGGUUCAGGAGUACGAAGACGAUUUGAAGAUUGCUAUCAAAACUUUACAACAAUUCGGAGGGAUACCUGUAACAGGAGUGGUAGACGAAGCGACCAAGCACCUGAUGCGGCAGAAGCGAUGCGGCCGGCCUGACCGGGAGGUAGGCGAAGAAAAUGCCCGAAGAAGAAAGAGGUUUGCAGUACAGGGGGAGAAGUGGAAACACACCAACUUAACUUGGAGCAUGUCAUCGACCAGGGUGCCGUCGCAGCUGGACCUGCACGGCACGAGGAGCGUGCUGGCGCGCGCACUCGACGUGUGGCAGCAAGCGUCACGGCUCACCUUCACCGAGGUCAACUCCGAUGAGGCGGACAUCGUCGUGUCCUUUGCUAAGGGUUACCAUGACGACGCGUACCCGUUCGACGGACGCGGCACGAUCCUUGCGCACGCGUUCUUCCCGGGCUCGGGCCGCGGCGGCGACGCGCACUUCGACGAUGAUGAGCUGUGGCUGCUGCAGCCGAAAGAUGAUGAGGAAACAGGAACAUCGCUGUUUGCUGUCGCUGCUCACGAGUUUGGACACUCACUAGGUCUCAGUCACAGCUCCGAGAGGGGUGCUCUUAUGUUCCCCUGGUACCAAGGCAUACAACCUAACUUUGUGUUACCUCAAGACGAUCGCAAUGGCAUCCAACAGAUGUAUGGUCCAAAAGUAAAACAAACAUGGGCAAAGAUACCGACGAAGUAUCGGCCCAUAGAGACUCCGCCCCCACCUACCACCACGACCACAACAACGACAACUACGACGACGAGAAGACCGUACAUACACCACCAUAAUCGCCAUCAUCAAAAUCAUAGACCAGAUUAUACGCCGUAUCCACGAAACCCAGCGAAAUAUCCAACAUACCCUGAACGGCCCAUCUACCCAGAACGACCAUAUCCAGAACGGCCAAUAUAUCCAGAAAAAAUAAAACCAGCCUAUCCUGAGAAGCCCACUUAUCCUGAAAGGCCAAUCUACCCCGAAAGACCGAACUAUCCUACAUACUAUCCAGAUCGUCGUCAUCAUAACACGAGUGAUGAGCACCCAAGAAGGACUAACCACCACUACCCGCGCCCUACUCCGGAGACAACCACACAGCCUAUUACUUACCGUCCACGUUAUCCUACAGCGCGUCCAGAGUACCCCAACUAUCCAAGACCGAACCCCCCCAAUAAUCCGAACCGUGAUACUCCAAAGAGCAAGCCGUACUAUCCUGAAAGAACAACUCCUCGACCCACUCCUCCUUCUGAUAAACCGGACACUUGUGACACGAGCUAUGACGCUGUGGCUCUCAUUCGUGGUGAACUGUUCAUAUUCAAGAAUAGAUAUCAUUGGAGGAUAGGCUCGCAGGGCCGAUACCCGCAAUAUCCCAUAGAAAUAUCCAGAAUGUGGUCAGGACUUCCACGAAACCUGACUCAUGUUGAUGCAGUCUAUGAACGACCUGACAAAAAGAUAGCUUUCUUCGUUGGUAAAGAAUUGUACUUAUUCGAUUCACAAUACUUGGUACCUGGAUAUCCAAGACCGUUAACUCAGCUUGGCUUACCUCCAAGUUUAGAAAAGUUAGAUGCGGCAAUGGUCUGGGGUCAUAACGACAAAACAUACUUUUAUAGUGGCACCAUGUAUUGGAAAUUCGAUGAAGAUGACGGACGAGUGGAGCUCGACUACCCUCGGGACAUGUCUAUGUGGAAAGGCGUUGGCUAUAACAUUGAUAGUGUUUUCCAAUGGAAAGAUGGUAAAACGUACUUCUUCAAAGGCAAAGGUUUCUGGAAGUUCAACGACCUGCAGAUGCGAGUGGAGCACGAGCGGCAGUUGCCGUCGGCCACCUUCUGGAUGGGCUGCCCGGCCGAGCGCGCCGGCCGCCGCUCGCCCUUCCGCGCCCUGCCCGCCCCCGGCUCCACGCUGCGAUCGCCCAGCGCCGCCCACGCAAACCAACAACACCUCCUCAUACCUCUCCUCUCUUCUCUAAUCCUAGUACUCGCGAACUACUUACGAAGCUAAAUACAUAAAAAUGACUGCCUAUUUGUAAAAAAAUAUGUGUGCCACUUUAAUAUAUUUAUUACUUUAUUAGAUACUCCCAGAUAAUGCAUAAUAUUCAAAAUCAACAAGUACAUAUCGAAAUAUGUCUGAAAUAUGUUUUAGGCUUAGUAAAUUUUUGCGCAAACUAUGCACUGCCUGUUUUAGUAUUAAUUGUAUGCCUACAUUUUAUAUAGUAAUGUUUAAUACAUGUUAGUAUAAUUAUUAUAAUGAUGCUAUUAUUAUUUCUUUAAAAUGUAUGUACAUUUUGAUCUCAAUAUGAUCGUGUGCUUGGUUUGAUAAUGACAUGUAAGGUAUAUAACACCAUCCAAUUAGCUUCUGUACAGUUUGUAUUGUCUCUCGAUGUCAGUAUUUAAAAAGAAUUAUUAUAGAUUUUAUGCAUUAUUGAAAUAAAGAUCCGAUUUUGUAAAAUAUAAAUGGAAAUGCAUAUUAUUACAAUACUUGUUAGCCGAGUACCACUUAAGGAUGUAUUUUCGUAAAAUAGAUCUAUCUAGACACAAGAAUGCCUUAACAGAAAAUUGAUAUUUUAUCACUAUAGUAAUGAAUAUUCAAUAAAAAAUAUAGCUAUAAUAAAUAACAAUAUUCUCUACGUAAUGAUACUAUAGGUACUUGUUCUUAAUUAGAUUUAUCUUUUAAUGCUGGUUAAAAGAGGUACACAUUCGGUAAUUUGUAAAAUAUAAUUAAAUACUUAAAUAUAAGUCAUGAUUAAUAAGUGCAAUGACGAUGAUGUUCAUAUAGUGCUCAUGCUACGUCUCGCCUAUGAAUUCCUGUUUUUGUCUUAGUCAAUAAGAAUCAUGUAUACUCUCACUUCACAUAGCUCAUUACCAUAAGGUAUAAUAUAGUUAUAUAAAUAUAAUUGUAUUAAGUAUAUAAAUGGCCUUAUAAUACACGUAUGACCGAGUAGGUAAUGAGGUAAAGAGAAAGCUGAAUUUUUGCACUGCCAGUAAAUGGAUUCUUGGACGGAUGGAAAAAAUGAAUACUAUUAUAGUAGAAUGAAUAUGGUGCUUAAUAUAGUUAGUCAUUGUACAGAAUAAAUUGUCUUCGCGUAUUUUUGUAUGUUACUGUUGUGUGUCAAAGUAUCUGUAGGUAAAGUGUUAUUGAUAACCAACACCAUUGAACCUACAUAAGUUUCCUAAUACUAUCUUCCCUUAUAAUUACAAGAUUUUUAUAUUAAAACAUACGGGAGCGACUACCAUGAUUAUAGUAUAGGGCAGGGUUUCCCAAACUAUGGGUCGCGACCCAGUGGUGGGUCGCGAGCGAACAUUGAGUGGGCCCUGCCUGUAGAACGACACAUCACCCUACCGAUACAACCGCUGGGCAGCGGACGAAAUUUCCUAUAGGUGGGUCCCGAGUUUGGGAACUUGUAUUAGAUGAGUCGUAUCCCAGACAACUUUGGGAACCACUUAUAGGGUAUAGACUCCAAAAAUAAAUUUUAAAAAUGCGGCUCGUUGUAAAUGUUGGGCAGCAUUUCAUUUUUUUUUAUUAAUGAUGUAAAUUAUAAAAACUUUUCAAAAGAAAUAAACACAUAAUAAACUAGCUAUAAGUACAUUAUUAUUCAAUGUAAGAAGAGAUGACUUAAAUUCUUUUGUUCUUUAUAUUAUACCUUUCGAGUCGCUCAUUAGUAUAAGUUAGUUUACAUUACCUAGCUUUUUACAAUUCUUCGGUCACAAAUAAUUUAAUAUAAACUGUGAUAUUUACUUUUAUAAAAAUGCCAUACUUCGCUGGCAAUAAAAAUAAAAACAAAAUUUUGUAAUAUUCUAAAUAAUUACUCGAUAAAUACUUAUUCAUAGAUUCAAAUAAACAUUUGACGUUAAUAUGUUUUAUUAUGAAAAUAAAUAAACAACUUUUUUAUAAAUAU